CUCUCUAUAUAUAGAAUUUCGAGGCCAAAUUCGUCUCUAUAAAGCUCUUGUUUUCUCAGCUUUUCUUCUACUAUCUCUACAGAAAUUUGAAAGAAAUUAAUGCAAGAUAAUGAACUUCAUCCUUUUGUCCAUGGCUAGUGGGUUUUGGUUUAGUGUUCUUGUUGGUCUUGUUGGUGCGUUCUUUGGUCUCAUCUUGAAUCAUUUCCUCCCCAUGUUCUUGAAAGGUGGCCAUGUCCCUAAAGGAUCUUUUGGGUGGCCAAUACUUGGCGAAACACUUGGUUUUUUAAAACCUCAUCCUUCUAAUUCUCUCGGAGCAUUUCUUCAAGAUCAUUGCUCUAGGUAUGGAAAAGUGUUCAAGUCCCAUUUGUUCUUCUCUCCAACAGUGGUUUCAUGUGAUCAGGAGCUGAACUAUUUCAUUCUUCAAAAUGAAGGGAAGUUGUUUCAAUGCAGUUACCCAAAGCCUAUCCAUGGUAUUCUUGGAAAUGUCUCUCUGCUUGUAGCCGUUGGUGAUACUCACAAAAGACUCAGAAACGUGGCUCUAUCUCUCGUCACCAUUACCAAAUCAAAGCCUGAGUUCCUCAAUGACAUAGAGAGAACUGCUAUUCAGAUACUUAACUCUUGGAAAGAUAAACAGCAAGUCAUUUUCUGUGAGGAAGCCAGAAAGUUCACAUUCAAUGUAAUAGUAAAGCAAGUGUUAGGCUUGACACCAGAGGAACCAGAAACUACAAAAAUCCUUGAAGAUUUUCUCACUUUCAUGAGAGGACUCAUCUCUCUCCCUGUCUAUAUUCCUGGAACCCCAUAUGCCAGAGCUGUUCAGGCUAGAAUCAGAAUAUCAUCUACUGUCAAAGCAAUUAUAGAGGAAAGAAGAAGAAAUGGUUGUAGUUCUAGAAAAAGGGGAAGUGAUUUUCUUGAGAUACUUCUUGGUGUUGAUACCUUAUCUGAAGAUGAAAAAGUUAGUUUUAUUUUAGAUUCUCUGUUGGGUGGUUAUGAAACCACCUCUCUCUUGAUGGCUAUGGCUGUGCAUUUUCUAAGUCAGUCACCCACUGCCUUUGAGCAGCUAAAGUUGGAGCAUCAGGCAAUAAGAAGUUUGAAGGAGAAAGAUGAUGAGUAUUUGAAUUGGGAAGAUUAUAAAAAAAUGGAAUUCACCCAAAAUGUCAUCAAUGAAGCUCUCAGAUAUGGCAACAUUGUAAAAUUUGUGCACAGAAAGGCUUUGAAAGAUGUCAAAUUUAGAGACUACAUAAUUCCAUGUGGUUGGAAGGUUCUGCCUGUUUUUACUGCAGUACAUUUAGACUCAUCUCUGCAUGCAAAUGCCUUCCAGUUUUAUCCAUGGAGAUGGGAGACACAAGAUCAAACAUGCAAGAAAUUUACACCUUUUGGUGGAGGAUCUAGAUGCUGUCCUGGGUCUGAACUCGCAAAGGUUGAGGUUGCAUUUUUCCUCCACCAUCUUGUACAAAAUUUCAGAUGGAAAGCAGAGGAUGUUGAGCAACCUAUGGCAUACCCAUAUGUAGAAUUUCAAAGAGGGUUAAGUUUACAUUUGGAUCACAUAUAGUUUCUAUUUUAAAGCUCAAGUCCUCAAUUAGCCUUUUGUUUAAGAUUGGAGAUGGUUCCUCAUCGGUUGGGCUCAGGUUGAGGAAAUGAACCAUCAUCAAUUCAUCAUCUUGCUUAGUAUGCUAUGGUUUCCUGCUUUUUCUUUUCUUUUCUUUUCUUUUCUUUUGAUGAAAGAAGGAGUUGUUCCUUUAGUCAUCUUUAAGGAUGAGGUCCUUCUUUUAGUCCUAGUAAAAUUUCAAUGGAAUGUAAUUUACUAUCUCUUUUCACA